ACGCGCAUGUCAUCUGGGGGCGGAGACUGAGGGGCUGUCUAGAUUACUCAGUGGCUGCAAGGAAGUGGAACAUGACAGUGUGCAUGACACUGUAGACUGCCGUCCCGCUGAAUACGUCCGUGCUCUCUAGCGUUGUCCCCCUCACCUUACGUUACUAAGGACAUUUAUUGUGGUCUUGUGCGAAAGCGUUCGCAAUGCCUAAAGACAUCGACGGGAAGAGCAUGGAAAUCAUGGAGUCGAAGGUGCUGUGGUACCCAGACUCCAAGAAGAACACACAGAUGGACCGGUUCAGGUCUCAGGUGAAUCAAGAUUUCGGACUUAAUCUGGCCAACUAUGAUGACCUCUAUCAGUGGUCCAUUCAGAACUACCCAGAGUUCUGGGCAGAGGUCUGGAGGUUUUGUGGGGUGGUCAGCUCAAGGAAGUAUGAAGAGAUCAUCGACACGUCAAAGAGGAUAUCUGAGGUGCCUGAGUGGUUUAAAGGCAGCCGACUGAAUUACGCAGAAAACCUCCUUAAACACAAGGACCAGGACAAAGUAGCUCUAUACGCCAUCACGGAGGCAAGCGAAGAGAUCACCAAGGUGACGUUUGGCGAACUGAAGCGUCAAGUGGCGCUGUUUGCCGCUGCUAUGAGGAAGAUGGGCGUGCAGACAGGCGACAGGGUCGUAGGAUACCUGCCUAAUGGAGUCCAUGCAGUGGAGGCCAUGCUUGCUGCAGCCAGUAUAGGAGCCAUCUGGAGCUCCACGUCCCCAGACUUUGGAGUGAACGGCGUGUUGGACCGCUUCUCCCAGAUCCAGCCCAAACUCAUCUUCUCAGUGCCAGCUGUCAGAUACAACAGCAAAGUGCACGACCACAUGGAGAAACUCAACAGUGUAGUCAAAGGUCUCCCAGAUUUGGAGAAGGUUGUGAUUAUUCCUUAUGUCCUCUCUAGACAGGAAGUCGAUCUGUCCAGAAUCCCAAACAGUGUGUUCCUAGAGGACUUCCUGGCCACGGGGAUGGAGUGCGACCACUACCCUCAGCUGGAGUUUGAGCCCCUGCCCUUCUCUCACCCUCUGUUCAUCAUGUACUCCUCAGGGACCACUGGCGCCCCCAAGUGUAUGGUGCACUCCGCUGGGGGGACCCUUAUUCAACACUUGAAGGAGCAUGUACUCCAUGGCAACAUGACCAGCAGUGACAUCAUCAUCUACUACACUACGACGGGCUGGAUGAUGUGGAACUGGCUGGUGUCGUCGCUGGCGGUGGGGGCCUCAGUGGUGCUCUACGACGGCUCACCUCUGGUGCCCACCCCCAACGUGCUGUGGGACCUGGUGGACGAGCUGGGGAUCACGAUAUUCGGGACGGGAGCGAAGUGGCUGGCAGUUCUGGAGGAGCGCAAUUUGAAGCCAGCAAACACCCACAACCUGCAGUCGCUGCACACCAUCCUGUCCACUGGCUCGCCGCUGAAGCCGCAGAGCUACGACUAUGUGUACCGCAGCAUCAAGAGCAACGUGCUGCUGGGCUCCAUCUCAGGUGGCACAGACAUCGUCUCCUGCUUCAUGGGCCAGAAUGUGACGCUGCCCGUUCACCGCGGCGAGAUCCAGGCCAGGAAUCUGGGCAUGGCCGUGGAGGCAUGGGGCCUGGAAGGCACGCCGGUUUGGGGGGAGAGCGGUGAGCUGGUCUGCCUGAAGCCCAUGCCCUGCCAGCCAACGCACUUCUGGAACGAUGAGGAUGGAAUCAAAUACCACAAAGCCUACUUCUCCACUUAUCCCGGUGUUUGGGCUCACGGCGACUACUGCAAGAUCAAUCCAAAGACGGGAGGCAUAGUCAUGCUGGGGAGAAGUGAUGGAACUCUGAACCCUAAUGGAGUUCGAUUUGGGAGCUCCGAGAUCUAUAACAUCGUGGAGGCUUUUGAAGAGGUGUCGGACAGCUUAUGCGUUCCCCAGUACAACAACGACGGGGAGGAGAGGGUCAUUCUGUUCCUGAAGAUGGCCCCGAACAAGCCCUUUAACCCUGAUCUGGUGCAGAGGAUCCGCAGUGCCAUCAGGGUGGCCCUGUCUGCCCGACACGUCCCUGCCCUGCUCCUGGAGACCAGGGACAUUCCGUACACCAUAAGUGGGAAGAAGGUGGAGGUGGCAGUGAAGCAGGUGAUCGCAGGGAAAGAGGUGACCCAGCGCGGUGCCUUCUCAAACCCGGACUCUCUGGACCUCUACAAGAACCUGCCUGAGCUGCAGAACUUCUAAGGCUAUUCAUGGCUUGAAAUGGGAAAACCCAAGGGACAAACAAUAGAGAAAGAGAGCUUCUCGAACUGACUAGUGAAAUUUUUUUUAUGUUUUUUUUUCUUCUUUUUUUUUUACUUGCUGCAUAAACCUGUCCGCCUUUAGGGGCACUGGGAGUGUGGAUUUUUCCAAAGAUUCCCAGUGGUUCUUCAUCACCAGAGGCUGCUUAGUUGGCCCCACCCACAAGCUCCUCCCUGUGGAAUGUUUUGGCAUCAUCACUCUGUCAAUCCAGCCAAACAAACAACAAAAAAACUACAUCAUUUAGUGCCCCUCCCUCCCCCCCCUCUUUUCUCUGAACUCCUCUUUUAUUGAAGUCUAUUUUUACCCAUCAUGUAUUCCUUUCACAGUUGCCUCAAUUACACUCUGAUAGUGAGUUUAAUGUUGUUGAGAAAGGAGGAUUUGGUGUAAUUUAUAUUGGAUUGAGAUCCAACCCAUAAGUUGCUAGUUGAUCUCAAGAUGGUCCAUAACUGCUCUGUCAGGGAUCUCUGCUUGGCCUUUGAUGGCUGCAUCAGAUACAUUUUGAACAUCAGGGCUUGCCCUCGUUAUGUGUGUAAAAGCAGCUAUCUUCACAUUCUGGAGCUUAAGUAAAGAAAGUCCCCAUUUGAAAUCUUUGCUUCUCAUGCCCCAUAAUAAAACAAUGCUGCAAUCUUACCUGGUGUAACUAUCAGGUUCAGGUCAAUUAAGAAACAUAUUUGUUUGUGAUAUACUCAAGGUACGUCCAGGCCUGGUACUGUGGGGAAACUUUGUUUGAGGAGCACUGGAGUCCUCCUGUCCAGCUUCACUGUUUGGUGUCACGUGAGCAGACUCAUGAUUGAAACACUAUCUGAUUAUUGUGGACAUGGAAUUAAUUAGUUCCCUGGAGGUUUUUUUAAAUUUAUUUUUUCAUAAAUUGUGGACCAGGCCCAAAGCUAGUCUCUCUGCAGGAAAAAUAGCUCACUGUUGGUUUCAUCGGAGGAGGGGUACUUUGUUUACAAGCUUGAAGUAGACAUUAAAAAGGGAUUUGAUUUUUAUACAGUGUACUCUGUCGCCUCAAGCAGCAAAAUCCAUCAGUGUUUGUUUGACGUCCCUUGUAGUUUGGUUCCCCCAACCUGCCAAGUUGGAACAUUUCCACUAGUGCCCAGUAGCUCCGCCCUCUCCUGGUGCUCCUCUUUGAAAUGGCUUUUCUGUCACCUCUGCGUCAUUUUUAUAAAAAUAUCACACAUCUGUAUCUUAUUAAGACCGUUAUCUGUCAGUGUAAUAUGUCAGUCUAAUAUGCCUUCAUUGAUACCUUGACAAAGGCUAACCGCAGACACUCUACUUGAGGCAGCAGGCCAUUUGGAUACAUAAUAAUAGCUAUUUAAUGUUUUGUCAUUGAAGUUUUAGGUCGGCAUUUGUCUCACCCAGCUCUACUAUUCUGACCGGUCUAGCCUUUGUGAUCAUUGCACUAAAAUGCAUGUGAAACCACUAUUGGACAACCCAGUAGUGUAACACUAGUACACAAACUAGCUACUUCCCUGUUCCUUAGUCCCUGUUGCUGCUUAUAGGUUGACUGGUUAUGAAGUUACCUCUGUAUUGUCUGGUGAAUGGAUCGAAUUGAUGGCCUUUGAGUCUUGAAACUGUUUUGGUUUAUUUGACGGUUAGCGUUUUGAAGUUACCCUGCUAAAUGGGUCUAUUUGAGGAAAAGACUUCAGUUUUAUGUCUGUUUUAUUCAACAUUGUGAGCGGCUAAUCUUGUGUGAACCCGAAUGGGAGGAAGUAAGAAAAUAUUUGAUAUCAGCCGAACUGUCACCACAUCUCAGUUAUGACAUUCCUGUGAUGUCUAUUCCAUUUUCGUUGUAAUUUUUUUUUUUAUUAUUUGAUGAAAGAUGUAUAACAGAUAAUAAAUGUUCGUUCAUGUGAAUGACAAACUUACCUUGUAUGUUGAUGUAAAUUAGUUUAAAUCAAUUAAGCAAUUGUUCUACUUGAUGGCUUCUAUUUUGUUUUGACAAUAUUUUUUCAUUUUACUGUGAAGAAUGUGGAAUAUACCUAUAGAGUGAAUAUUUAUGAAUAUAGUGUCUUUCAGAGAACUACAUAAAUUACAUGGACACUAAGAUGCAUAUUCUGUUAAACAAACUAAAUAAAAGCAUUGUAACAACA